UGCGGUUGCCUGCAUCAGCUGAAGGUGGUGGGGGUCAAUGAAACAACAAAGCCAAGAAAGCCCAUGGCCAAUUAUAAAAGCUAAAAAGCUUAAAAGCUUAAAGAAAGUUGAUUGCAGCAGAAAGCAAGAGCUUUUCUUUCUCUCUCUCUCUCUCUCUCUCUCUCUACCCAUUUCUUUCUUUCAGUAAAGCUGAAAACCCCACUACACCAAAAACUUCUUUCACCACUGUACAGCUAAAGACUGAUUUUCUUUCACUUCACCAAUAACAGCAUAUAGUCUCCAUGCUUGACAACACCACUUCAAGCCUUCCAUCUCCUUCUUCUGAUCCCAUCCCUGCCUUCGAUAAUGGGGCCGUCACCAACAAAAGGAAAAGAAAACCUGCAGGAACCCCUGAUCCAGAUGCAGAGGUUGUUUCUCUAUCGCCCAGGACCUUGCUGGAAUCAGAUAGAUAUGUUUGUGAGAUCUGUAACCAAGGAUUUCAAAGAGACCAGAACUUACAAAUGCAUAGGAGAAGACACAAAGUGCCAUGGAAGUUGUUGAAGAGGGAGACACAAGAUGUGAAGAAGAGGGUUUAUGUAUGCCCAGAGCCAAGCUGCUUGCACCAUGACCCUUGCCAUGCUUUAGGUGAUCUUGUUGGGAUAAAGAAGCACUUUAGAAGGAAACAUAGCAACCACAAGCAGUGGGUUUGUGAGAAAUGUUCUAAAGGUUAUGCAGUCCAAUCUGAUUUCAAAGCUCAUCUCAAGACUUGUGGCACAAGAGGCCACUCUUGUGACUGUGGCCGUGUCUUUUCCAGGGUGGAAAGUUUCAUCGAACACCAAGACUCUUGCACAGUAAGAAGAAGCCAACCUGAGCUUCAGGCAUUGCAGCCGGCAUGCUCUUCUAGGACUGCGUCAAGCACAAGCCCUUCAAGUGACGCCAAUUUUAGCAUCGCCCUAUUACCAGGAUUGCCAAUACCAAAACCUUCUGAACCUGUAUUCUUAUAUUCAUCAUCUGAUAGAUAUGAUGCUUCAACUUCUAGUCAGCAAGAGCACAAUCUUGAACUUCAACUCCUGCCAUCAUCCAUUAUUCCUCGCUUAUCACAAAAUCCAGAUGAUCGUUACCCUACAAAUUUGAAGCUCUCAAUAGGGUCAAGUGGCCGCAGCGAAGAGAAUGAAUCAAGCCAGCAGGCUAGUUUGAAAUCAAGUAGAGAUAAAAGUGCUGGUGAUCCUACUGCGGAAGCUGAAAAAAUGAAAGAAUUUGCAAAUGAGCAGCUGAGAUUAGCUAUGGCUGAAAAGGCUUAUGCUGAAGAGGCUAGACAACAAGCCAAGAGGCAACUCGAGAUAGCUGAACUGGAAUUCGCAAAUGCAAAGAGGAUAAGGCAACAAGCACAAACUGAAGUUGAAAAAGCUCAAGCUUUAAGAGAUCAAGCUACGAAGAAGAUCAGUUCUACCAUCAUGCAAAUCACUUGCCAAACAUGCAAGCAACAAUUCCAUUCAACGGUGGUAGCUGCACCGGCAGAUGAGACCUCACUUGCCAUGAGUUACAUGUCCUCAGCAACAACUGAAGGGGAAGGAGAGUAAUAUAGUAAAAUCCCAUAACUUUCAUCAUCAUGCAGCUAGGUUAGAGCUUAAACAUAUCGGAAGCCAUAUAUUUAGGCAAAAAAAACCUUUGCGCUUUUGAUUUGGUUUUUGGUUGUCGAUUUAAAUUUGCUCUGGCCAUAUCAAAUAGUUGUUUUAACCAUUGUUGUGAUGUUAAUUGAUCAUUUUGGAGUAAUGCAACGGCUCUUGUACUUAUUUAAAGAAA